AUGUCGGGCGCAGAUGAGCGUUCACUCAAACGCUUCAAUGGCGAAGAAGAUGACCCGGGACGACAGCUGCGCAGAUGGCGUGCAUGGGCCGAAGCUAAGAUGUACACCAUGGACAAAUUGACAAACAAGCAGCAAGGCCCCUUCUUGUACACCCUUCUCGACGGAAAAGCGUUAGAGGCCGUGGAGCACCUGGAGCUCAGCUCACUCCAGGUGGAGGAUGGGGCCAGCAAGAUCCUCGCCGUGCUCAAGGAGAGGUUUCCUGAAAAGGAGGCCCAUGACCAGAUGGGCGAGGCUCUUGGCGAAGUGUUCGGCUUGGCAGCUCGCGAGAACGAGACAGUUCAGCAGUGGACCGCUCGAGUGGCAGAGGUCUUCACGAAGUGUCAUCGGAAAGCCGAUGUCAAGUUUCCAUCCCCUGCUCAGGGAUGGAUUGCUUUGAACUGUGCUGGCUUUAGCGAGGAGCAGAAGGCGAUCAUCAAAGCCAAGGCUCAGGGCAAGUUGGACCUUGAGUCUGUCACCUCGGCGAUGAGAUCCUGCUCCCCCCUCUACAAGGCCGGUUCCAAGGCCAAGCGGCCUACCACAGCGUUCCUCGCAGAGCCUUCCGAGAUCGACGAGACGAUUGAGGCGCCUGAAGACUUCGCAGAUGUGGAGGCAUUCCUUGCAGACCACCAGCUGGGAAGUGACCCAGAUGAAAGCAUCCCAGAGAACGAGGCUGCAGAAGCCCUUGCAGCCACAUGGAAGGAACGUCGUGCUGAAAUAGCCCGCUUCAAGAAAGAUCGCAAGUUUGACUCUGCCCAGCACAGCAAGAAGUCAUUCAGAGUUGAGAUCGAAGAACUCAAGCGAAGGACACGCUGUCGGAAGUGUGGUCGAGUGGGCCACUGGGCCAGAGAGUGUCGCUCUGGAGGUGGAAAGGGCGGCUCCUCGUCUUCAGCAGCCAGCAGGCCGACGGCUUCGUCUACGACUGGCGUAGUGGAGGCGCAGCUGGUCGAGCAGGAGGUGUCCCUGGCGCAGUACGAAGUCGACCCCGCUGAGGAACCCUCCGAUGUGAUGUUCGUUGGAAUGGCUCAGGUCGCCGCUCAGGCAGGAGUGCCUGUUCUGGCGGCGGGACUCGUGUCUUCACCGGGUUUCGGGGUUGUAGACUCCGGCUGUGGACGCACGCUCAUCGGAAAGGACACGCUCCAGCAGCUCGAGGCAAAGAUAGGCAGCAUGAUCGGCAAGACGCUUGAGACCUACCAGGCCACGAGUUCGUUCAGGUUCGGGAAUGGCGCCACGGAGGUUUCAAGCAUGGCCGUGAAGAUACCUGUGGGCAUCGGAGGGGUGCCUGGCAUCAUCGAUGCGGCAGUCAUCCAAGGUCGAGCUCCUCUUCUGUUGGGGCGUCCAACCUUAGAGAAGCUACAGGUCUCCUUGAACUUCGGCAACAAGACGAUGCGGUUCCUGAACGCUCAGGAGGCCGUGCCCAUGAAGGUCAAUGAUGCUGGCCAGCUUCUCAUCGACAUCCUCAGCUACCCCAGCCGCAUGGUUGCUCAUAAGCCUGUUCUUCCCGCUGCGGAUUCAGUAGAGGCAUCUGGGUGUAAGAAUGAUGUGGCUCAGGACGUCACGUGUGGCUUGCAGCCUUCACUGGAGGGACAUGUUGCAGUGGCGGAGUUGUUCUCGCCCCCUCGCCUGACUGAACAGGCUCGCCAGCAUGGAGCAACGGGGCUGGCAUUUGACAUUAAGCAGGGGUGUGAUUUAGGAUGUAGGAGCACGCAGAAGGAGGUAGACCAGUUGCUUGAAGAGGCCAGACCUGCCUUACUCACAGCAUCUCCCCCAUGCAUUCAUUGUGGUGACUGGGACAGUCUUCACAUGAUCCACAGGACGCCUUUGGAAAGAGCCCGCAUGCUGAUGGUGAGCCGUCAGCAGUUUCGCUUUUGUGCCCAGCAGAUACAGCGCCAACUGGCGCGCGGCGGUCAUUUUCUCCUUGAACAUCCGGAGCGAGGACCUGUCCCGGAUGCCACAGGCAUCAGCACAUCCAGGGCCAUGCAAGUUCGGGGGGUGAUCCCCUGGACUGGACUGCCUUGGAAUGCGAAUGCCUCGCAGGAAGCGUUUUCCAAAGAGCACCUGAGAUCCCGAGACAACACGAAGCGCCUGCAGCAAAUGAGCAACCUGAAGAUCCCCAAGAACAGCAGCGACUCAUAA